CACAAACUCACAAACGUCGACACAUCGUCCACGCAGCGGACAAGAACAGAUUCUUAUUGCAGAUGCUCGAGUUCUUCUUGCUUCAGAUUAUUUCACGCACAUAGAGACAAAGUAGUUCUUUAAAUAUGAACGGGACUGCUGCUGUUCAUUAAUUAAGGUACUCCGUAGGAUCUUUUUUGCGGACAGAGUGGCAUGCCAUGCUAUGACAGCAAGCAAGUGUCGUCCGAAGUAAGCUGACAACCAAUUCCCAGCACUAGAUCGAUCGCCAUGGCCACGCCCCAUGUCUUGGUCCUGCCCUUCCCGGCGCAGGGCCAUGUCAUCCCUCUAAUGGAGCUCUCCCACCGCCUCGUCGAGCACGGCGUCAAGGUCACCUUCGUCAACACCGAGCUCAACCACAGCCUCAUUCUCGGCGCUCUGGCUUCCAAAGACGGCGAGAGCAACAGCAUCGGAGGGAACGGGAUCGAUAUGGUGUCCAUUCCAGACGGGCUGGGCCACGGCGAGGACCGGAAGGACCUCAGCCUUCUCACGCAGUCCUUCUCGGAGGUCAUGCCCGGCGAGCUGGAGAAGCUCAUCGGAAGGAUCUCCGAAUCAACGGGGGGCGAACGAGAGCUCACGUGGCUGAUCGCUGACGCGAACAUGGCGUGGGCCUUUCCCGUGGCGAGGCGGCUCGGGCUCCGGGUCGCAGCCUUCAACCCGUCGGCGGCGGCCAUGUUCGCGACGAGGACCAGCAUCCCCGAGAUGAUACGGGACGGCGUCGUGGACGAGAGAGGCCUGCCGAAGCGGCCCGGCCCGUUUCAGCUGGCACCGUUGAUGCCGGCCAUUGACCCCUCGGAGAUCUCGUGGAACCGCGCCGGGGACCCCGAGGGACAGCCGGCUAUCUUCCAGUUCAUCCUCCGGAACAACGCGGCCAUCCACCACGCCGAGGCCGUCGUGUGCAACUCGGUCCAAGAGCUCGAGCCGGGAGCCUUCGCGCUGUUCCCCAAGGUCAUCCCCGUGGGCCCGCUGAUCUCCGGUUCCGCCGGUGCUGCUGACGGAGACAACAAGCCGGUGGGGAGCUUCUGGGCCGAGGAUGAGUCAUGCGCGGCGUGGCUGGACGCGCAGGCGGCGGGGUCCGUGGUGUACGUGGCGUUCGGCAGCUUCGCCGUCUUCGGCGCGGCGCAGCUGGUGGAGCUGGCGGAGGCGCUGGCGCUGGCGGGCCGGCCGUUCCUGUGGGUGGUGAGGCCGGACUCCGUGGAUAGCGGGCCGUGGGUGGUGGAGGACCUCCGGCGGCGGGCCGGGCCGCGCGGGCGCGUGGCGGGCUGGUGCCCGCAGCAGCGGGUGCUGGCGCACCCGGCCACGGCGUGCUUCGUGUCGCACUGCGGCUGGAACUCGACCAUGGAGGCCGUGACCAACGGCGUGCCCGUGCUGUGCUGGCCAUACUUCGCCGACCAGUUCCUCAACCGGAGCUACGUCUGUGACGUGUGGAGGACGGGGCUGCAGGCGGUGGCGGCCCCGGCCGGCGAGGAGAGCGAAGCGGGGCGGGUCGUGGGGAGGGAGGCGAUCAGGGGCAAGGUGGAGGAGCUGCUUGGCGACGCGGAGACGAAGGCCAGGGCGCUCGCGCUAAGGGACGUCGCGAGACGGGCCCUCGGGGACGGCGGGUCGUCGCGCCGGAAUCUCGCACGGUUCGUGGACCUCGUUCGAGGAUCGGCGAGUUAAGUAUAUAGAUUAUUCUUGUCGAAACACUGAAAUGAGAAGUAAGCUUGCAAUGAGAAACUUGUCGCGUGAUUUCGCAGUGCUGGGUUUUGGGUCUCGUCGAGCUUCUGUCUGUUAGUUUCGAAAAGGAAAAGAGCUUUCUGCGUGUAGCAGCUCGUCAGCA